UUUGUUUAUAUCUCUCCUCAGAAAAUAUUAAAACGUUUCGAAAUUUGUAGCAUUUUUUUGGUAAUUAAUAAUGGAGGUAGAAAUACAGGAGACGUUUCAACAACAGGCUCUGGAAAUACGCGAGCCUGGCGACAAUUUCGAUCCUAAUGCCGAACCUCAAAAUGGAGAGGAAUAUUUAAUGCAUAUGUUAUAUGAACGCAAACGAUGCCCGGCCGUGGUAGCCAAAAGGCCAACAAAAAUAAUGAAAAGUGAUGCAGAUAAUGAAAAUAGUACUUGCGAAAAUCAACAACUGGCCAGUCAAGAAGUAUUUACUGAUAUAAACCUUUUACCCACUAAGGAAUGGAAAUUCAUUCAAGGCAAUGAAUUUUUAAGAACACGUUCUAAAAUUAUAAUGCUGCGUCAACAUUUGUCUGAUCACAAUUACGAUAAUGCCUUAGAACCACCCUUGAUAGAUGAUGAUGCCGCUUGGGUAAAAUUUUGCCGGGAUAAUGAACCGAAACUUAGUUUGAUGUUGCGCUUAAAUCAGCGCACCUUGGAGCAACUGCUUUCCAUGCUUAGCAUAUGGUUGCAAGAAAGCGGUGACCGUGACUCCGCUGCUGUAGUAACAUCUUCUUCCACUUCAUCGACAAACAGUAUGGUUUUGGAUUUGUCUAGUAGCGAUCAUUGGUUGGGUUCAUGGUUAUAUGCGGUGUUGGCUUGUUUGCAUCUACCUUUAGAGCCUGACGUUCAUAGCACACUCCGAGAUAUUGCCCGCACAUGUAUGGCUCUACGUAGUCGGUUAAAAACUCAUGAAUUCGAGAAAGCUACACCCUACAAUUUGUUUAUUUAUCUAAUUGCUAAGAUAUUUGACCAGUUGGAUUUUCUAGAAUUUAUAUAAAAAAUUUUAAUAAUUUUCGAAAAGAAAACAUAUCUAACAAAAU